AUGAUGGACAUCCAAACCACUGUCACUCCACCAACCAAGCCCAGUGUCAACCCAUUUAACUCCGUUUUCUGUCAAAAGCGUCAAACCUUCUCCGGACUUCCAGCAUGGUGCCAAUGCGAGCCAACUAAGCAAAGUUGCCAACCAGGGCCACCAGGACUACCAGGACCAGCUGGACUACCAGGUAAAGAGUUCGAAUCUGCGAAGAACGCAAGCCGGUCCCUGUAUCCGAAUCUUUUUGGAUAUCCGUUGGUACUGGAACAGAUCUUGGUUGAAGGAGCGACAAAGGAUGGAUCUACUAUGAAGACCCCACCAGACCAUCCGAAGGAGUUCACAGAGAAAGGGUUGGACGAAUGA